GCUCAGCGUUGUUUAGGGACAUUAGGAAGAUGGCGGCUGCCCCGCUAUACUGUGUCUGCCGGCGGCCCUAUGAUUUUAACCGGUUUAUGAUCGAAUGCGACAUUUGUAAGGACUGGUUCCACGGCAGUUGUGUUCAGGUAGUGGAGCACCAUGCUGCUGAUAUCGAUGUUUAUCACUGUCCCAACUGUGAGCCCAUCCACGGACCCUCCAUGAUGAAAAAGCAUAACAACUGGCACAGGCAUGACUACACAGAGCCAAAUGAUGGCACACACCCCAUCCAGGCAGGAACUGCUGUGUUUGUACAGGAACUCCAGGCCAGGAGCUUUUUCAGUGGGGAUGAGGUUCUGGUGCCAAUGCAUGGGAGUCAGGUGACCCAACGCUUCCUGGAGAGGGAGGGCUUCCAUUACCCCAUAGUGGUGCAUGACCUGGAUGGACUGGGCCUUAAACUGCCCUCUCCUUCUUUCUCUGUCAGCGAUGUGGAGCAUUACGUUGGUUCAAAUAAAGUCAUUGACGUGAUUGAUGUCGCAAGACAGGCAGACAGCAAGCUGAAGCUGGGAGAGUUUGUGAAGUAUUACUACCAACCUGAACGGCCCAAAGUGUUGAAUGUUAUCAGCCUGGAGUUCUCUGACACAAAGAUGUCUGAUUUGGUGGAGGUUCCUGAGAUAGCGCAGAAUAUGUCGUGGGUGGAGAACUACUGGCCUGACGACUCGUUCUUCCCCAAACCAUUUGUGCAAAAGUAUUGUCUCAUGGGAAUGAAAAACAGUUACACAGACUUCCACAUCGACUUUGGAGGAACUUCAGUGUGGUAUCAUGUUCUUUGGGGAGAGAAGAUUUUCUACUUGAUCAAGCCGACUAAGGCUAACCUUGCACUAUAUGAGUCCUGGAGCUCAUCACCCAAUCAGAGCGAAGUAUUCUUUGGGGAAAAAGUCGACAAGUGUUACAAAUGUGUGGUGAAGCAGGGAACUACCAUCUUCCUCCCCACCGGUUGGAUCCAUGCAGUGCUCACUUCUCAGGACUCCAUGGCGUUUGGUGGGAAUUUCUUGCAUAACUUAAACAUAGACAUGCAGCUCAGGUGUUAUGAGAUGGAACGCAGACUGAAGACUCCAGAUCUCUUUAAGUUCCCAUACUUUGAGGCCAUCUGCUGGUAUGUGGCCAAAAACCUUCUGGAGACCCUUAAAGAGCUGCGGGAGGAUAAUUGUCAAGCUCAGGAUUAUCUAGUGGACGGGGUGAAAGCUUUAAUCUCAUCACUGAAGACAUGGCUGAGGAGGGAGUUGACUCAACCUAACAGUGAGGUUCCAGACCAUAUCAGGCCAAGCCAUCUUAUCAAAGCUCUGACCAAGGAGAUCCGCCACCUGGAGGAUGAUUCGAAUAAAGCUGGAAAAUCUCAGGAAGGUGCUGAGUGCCCUUUAACACGCUCCGCACUGGAGAAAGGAUAUCAGGCACGGCGUGCAGCUCGCAGGCUACGAGACCAUCAUCAUCGACACCACCACCAUCAUCAUCAUCACCACAGCCGCAAACUGCCCUCUAACUUGGACAUCCUGGAGCUUCACACGCUGGAGGUAUUAAAGAGACUGGAGGUCGGACCGCUUGUGGAGGACCCAACCUUCAGCUCCAAAGUGAAUGGCAAGUUUAAGAAAGUGUCUGCAGUAGCUGUUGAUGGAAGUCAUGAUAAUGCCCUGCACCUGGUGCUAUGUAAUGGCAAAAUUAUGAGGGAGAGGUUAUCUAUCAGUAAUGUGACAGCCAAAGUCAAUGGAGUGGAAAUGUUGCAGUUCCAUCAACACAGGAUCAAAUUGGAAAGAAUGCCAAUGUGCCCACAAGAAGAAGUGAAAAAAGAAAAGCGAGAGGACGAAUUUGGAGUACACUGCACCAUCAAGAAACCACUCAAUCAUGGUCUAACUGUGCAGACAGAGUCGCCACGUGUAGCAUCUUCAGACAGUGACUCGGAGUCAGAGGCGGAGGUUUGUGCCGAGAAACGCUCCUCAGAGUCAGGGAGUUCUGAGGAAGAGGAUGGAGCGAGCAAGAGAGACUCGGGGAGUUUUGUGGAGCAUCUGAGCGGCCACCAAAAGCAAGCGUUAAAACGAGAACGUCCUACCUCACCGAGAACAGACAGUGCCAUUCAGGGCAUGCUGUCCAUGGCGGGGCUGCUGUGUCAGCAGGCAACAGAAGGGGUCGAUUGGUGGACCAGUCAGGGUAACAGCAACAGCAGCAGCAGCAGCAGCAGUGAUAUGUGGGACAGCAGUGAACCCUGUUCAGCGCCCCGCAGCCCAGAGGGAGAAGAUGGGAGUCUCGGGGAGGAAUAUUCCUAUAGAGAGAGCUCACUUUCUCCUCCGCUCCACCCCUCCAAAAGACAUGCCCCCAACCCCACGCCCAUCAGCAACCAGGCCACUAAAGGAAAGCGUCCUAAGAAAGGAGAGGCGACAGCUAAACAGAGGCUUGGGAAGAUAUUGAAAAUGAGUCGCCAUAAAGGCUUAUUCCUGUAGCAUGAUGGAGGAAAGAAUGAGACUAUGUGUAAUAAAUCAACACAGCUGCUUUUCUUUAUACGCUGGGAUUAUCAUCACACACACACACACACACACACAGUUCUCUUACUCACUGUGCAUGUUUAGGUGACAGGGUAUGUUUAAUGGCUCACCUUUUCCACCAAUCGCACGAAAUACACAACACAUUAUCCAUCAACGCAGGGAAACUGCUUUACCUUGGACAACAUUUAAACAUUAACAGCCAAAAGUUUCAAGAGGAAGCACAGAAACACAUGGUCGGAUGCCAGAGAGCAGCGCGUGUUCCUACAGGCAAAUGUGUAUCACGGGCUGAGGCCUCUCCUCUCCCCCACCCUACCUCUUCUCACAUCUGUAGCAUGAGUGUCCAGGCGCUCGCAGGCACUGGGACUGUUCCAUUGAUCCUCGGAUUCCCCUCAAGUCAUUAUCAAUCUGCCUAUUUCUCUCUCCUUUUGAUUGUCUCAGGCUGGAGUAUGAGCUUUUGAAAUGGUGCUGAUCGUUUAUAAACCCUUUCCCAACCCCCUCUGCCCCUUUAAGCAAUAAUUGUACAGCAGUGAGUGAUGUAUUGAUGAUUUAGUGGGCCGCACUUUUAGGAUGCGCAGGAAGUCCUCUCAUGGUGGAACCAUCAAAUGAAAUCAAAGAGUGUCAAAGAUACAACUAUAUGACUUUCCCUUGAUUUGACAGUGUUAAUCCUUUUUAUUGGUUUUAAAUGCGUUCAUUAAAUUAAUAUUCUGUUUUUUGUACCUUAGUUUGUAAAAACAACAUUUAAAAAAGAGAAAAAUAAGCUGACAAAUGCACAUACAGAAGUCUGUGUUUGCAAUCCUUGUAUUGCAAGUGCAUCUGAUUGUGUCAACCUUUUUGGUUCGUUUUUUAUUUUAUUUUUAAAUAUCCCGAAAGGUAGUGAAACUCGGAAUAGUCAUUUUACACUGGCAAAAUUGAGAAAAUCGUACAUGUAUAGGUAUUGUCACACAUUUAUUCGCCUCUGUCACAACCCAGUGGCCGCAGAGAGGUACUGCAUCCUGGAGCGCUGCCCCUGAAAUACUGUAUGUGAUGUAGUUUGCGAGGACUAAAUAUGCUUGUCACGUGAUUGACAAUGAUCUUUAGCUCAUUCUGCAUAAUUUGAUCUAUUUGUUUGUUUUAAAAUGUUUUUUUUUGACUGGAUAACUUAUUUAUUAAUUUCAAAGAUAUAAGGAUUUAUAUUGCAUUCUGAGUUUCCCGUUUUUCCUUUGCAUUGAAUAGUUGUGUAAAUACGAGUAUAAUUUCGAAUGUUACCAAUUCAAGAGUAAUGAGCUUUUGUUUAGGUUCAGCUUUAUGGGUUUUGUAGU